AUGGACGUCGGACGACACGACGGAAAGAGGAAGCGCGGUGGCCGUCUGUUAAGGCGCCAGAAAGAUGAAGCGCGGUGGCCGUCUGUUAAGGCGCGAUGGUGGUGGUCACUGACAGUGGCGCCGGUGUGGAGCGUUUGCAGUGGUGGUGGGAGGAGAACUUCCGGUUGUGGAUGGUCGUCGGAGGAGAAGAGCCGACUGCCAGUUUCGUCGGCGGGCGGGGCUCGUUGUU